CUCACCUUCCUGCAGGGCUUUGUCACUGGCAACACAACCCACUGAAGGCAGCCAAGAUGAAAGUCCAAGAGAUGACAUUCAAGGAGGGGCAGGAGUUCAAGAUCCGCGUCAAACCCAAGGGUGACUGCAACUGCUUCUCUAUCAACAUCGGUCAUGACUCAGACAACAUCGCAAUGCACUUCAACCCCCGCUUCGACUACGGAGGCGAUUCCAACACCAUCGUCUUCAACACCUUGUCCGGGGGAUGCUGGGGUGACGAGAUCCGCGAGGGGAAUUUCCCCUUCCAGCGUGGGGAAGAGUGCAAGUUUCACAUCAACUUCAACAACGAGCAGUUUUACAUCAAGCUGCCCGACGGCUCCAUGAUUAAUUUCCCCAAUCGUCUGGGAGACGUCAAGUACAAGUACUUUGACAUCAGCGGCGACGCCAGGAUCGUCGGCAUCAAGAUCAAGUAGACGUCAAAACCUUGUCUUGACCCUUGACUCAACAGCGCCGCCCUUGUACUUGCCGAAAUUGUUUAUUUCACAUUACUGAGCCCAGGCCUGAUCGACUGUCUUGUUGAGGCUCAUGGAAACAAUGACAACUUUUACAUCAACAUGGAGACCCGAUGUUGUAGCCUAUGGCCUGAAGAGGGAGCCACAGCUCAUCUAUUGAAACUGUGUGCCUGUUUGACAUCUCAUUGGUCACUGGGUUGAUUAAUAAAUGCUGUGAAAAGUU